AUGGUAUUUGACGGCCCUGGAGAAGAGCUAGCAGUCGUCGCCCUUUGGAUUAAGGUACACUCUGUCUACUUCUCUGGUUACUUUUCCUUAUUCCCUAGCAAUAACAAAUAUGUGAACAAAUCGCGACGAAGUUUUGCGUUUCUUUAGUUGAAUAAGUUAGCGUCAAAAUAAAAAUUGUUUCCAGGAGUCAAUUUUUUUACAACAAAAUGCGAUUUAUAUGACCCUCCGAAGAUAAAAAAAAUCAUAAUACUUCAUGGUUAAAAAUUAAAAUUGCUGUUAGUCAAUUUAUACAAGAAUACCUCUAUUGUGUCCUUAUAAAUUAAAAAAAAAAUGGAGUGGGUAAAGAGACUUUCUAGCUCCAGGUUUUUUCACCGAAUAUACCUGCCGCUAAAAAUUGAUCUACGGAAGAAUGGAUAUUAAAUUGUUCAAAAAAUUAAUUAAAUAAAUUGGCAAUAACGAAUAUUAUUAUAUGGCUGAGUCUGUUUUUGCCAUGCGAUUGGUCAAUUUGCGAUCCGUAACUUGCUAUACGGACCAUAAUUUCUAAAGAAAAUACUCAUUUCGGAAAUCUAAAUCUAUUUACCUCGGAAAAAAGGUUUAAAUAAAGUGAUACGACGCCUGUCAACCUUGAGGACUUGGAUGUUGACUUUGGCCUUCAACAUUUUACACUGUGUUUAUUUGUGAACGAAGGCGAUGAUGGAACUAACUCUUAAUCUUACCGAAGAGGAUUCUAUUCAGUGUUUGAAAAUGUUAUCGCAGUAUUCAGUUAAGAAGACGAAAAUCAACUGGUAGAGAUUCGAGAUGUUUUACCUAAGGGAAAAUGAGUAAUUCGUUCUCCAAAUAUGAUAACAAACUUACCUCAGGGGCACCCAACGAGAAUAUAGUUCAAAACCACAUAAACAUAGCAUUGUUGAACGUACUUUAGUAUUUAAACGGUAGAUAAAGGCUUAUUUUUAUCCCCUAAAAAUUUUUCAUCUGUUCGGAUUUCCUAGCUGAAAGUAUAGUGAUCCGAAAAUUAUAGGGAUCAAAAUUUAACUUUUCGAAAAUUUCAGCCAGAAAAAAGGCUUCCGAAAAUUCUAGGUGACCUUUUUAGGGUAAAAAUCCGUUACAAAUGGGCAAUUAUACCACUUUUUUGAUGUUCGAAAAUCUUAGGAGGGGCAGGUAAGCAAGAAACUUUACAGAAAAUGAUCCGAAAAUUCUAGAUCUCAAAUCGUCUUCCGAACAGAUAAUUUUCCGAACAUUGUCGUUGGGUGCCCCUGUUACUUGCACCCGAUCAUCUUGACAAGCUUCUUUACCACUUGCAGUGUUUUUUCAAAGACCAACGAAAGAUAGAAGCAAGUUCGAGCCAGACACAAUGUCCAGUUUUCAAGACUCCAGCGUCACAUUGACGAGUGAAUACUUACAGUGCUCUUAGUUUUGACAGAAUCAACUUUAAAAUAUGUCUGUAAACCCUGAGGACCAGGAUGUUGACUUUGCCUUUCCAACUUUUUCCUAGCUUUGUUUUAAUGAGAACGAAGCUGAUGUAGAAACUGAAUCGUAACCUCACCGAGGAAGAGAAUGCAACUCAGUGUUUGAAAAUUUUAACGCAGAUCAAAAUUGAAGACGAGAAGGAACUGGCAGAAAGAGAGGUUUUCCCAAAAACAAUAAACGAGCGAAUCCUUCGACAAUGACAACAAACUUACCUUGAAAAGCUUCUUUGCCUUUUGCAGUGUUUUGUUUACAAGGACAAACAGAGGAAAGACGGAAACGACUUCUAGACAGACAGUGUCCGGUUUCCAAAAUAUUCCAGCGUUACAUUAAGGGGGCUAAAACUUACAGUGCUCUUAGUUUUGACCGAAUAAACUUUUUCAACACGGCGAAUUUGUUUUUAGUUCCUCGGAAAGCCUUUGUUAUGUGCUAUUGUUUUCGUUCGCCAAUAAAAACUUUCUUUUUUGACGCCUGUCAAAAGACUGUGCGUCCUGCACUUUUGUUUCCGGUCCCCCAAAACACGAAGAAGCCAUAUAAUAAACAUCUUAUUAGCCUCGUUUUUUCGGUCCGUACUGUAAAUUACGGAUCCUCGUUUUUUUCCAUCGAUUUAUGGCCCGCGAGCUCCGUGCUUGGGCCAUAAAUCGAUGGAAAAAAAACUCGGUCCGUAAUUUACAGUACGGACCGAAAACUCGGCUAAUAAGGGGUAUAUAUUUCAGCUUCCUUGGCUGCAUCUACGUAAAAUGUAGAAGUAGAAGGGCGAUAAAUAAAAGGUUGCAAAUCACAUAACGUUCGAUCCAUUGAACUAUUUACAGGCGCCCUCCAAAGGAAACAAAAUUUUUGGAAAGUUAGCAACUCUGACACAAUACAUCCUCCAAGUUGGUAGGUAUAUCAGAAUACUUAAAAAAGGUUAAAAACGAAGAACAUGUGAACAAAUCCUUACUGUCCCUUCUCGCUUUUAUUCUCUGUUUACUGGCAAUCGGCGACGCCCGCCUUCUUCUUCCUACACUUGCACAGUUUAUCAGCAAUAAUUUUAUCCUUUAAGUUCCAAUAUCCACGGACAAAUUCUCCAGACCGAUCUUCAUGCAUUUCUUUAAAGAAUAGGUCGAGAGAUUUGAAAAAAAGAUGAACGCAGUUUCUGUUUGGCAAUCAUUUUAUUAAUUCACUGCCCCCAAAAUUUAUUUUACACCAAAUUUACUCAGUGCAAAUAUGGUGCAUGAACAAAGUGCAAUUUACAGUUAAAUCAAGGGCAGAGAUGUUAAAUACCUCAUUUGCCCUCAAAUUUACAACCCAUGUCAAUUGGGAUGCAAAUGAGGUAUUUUUACCAUCUUUGCCUUUGAUUCCCUCCUAGAUGGACUUUUUUGCGCUAUAUUUGCCGUGGGCAAAUCUGUGUAAAUCUAAUUUUUCCUUCAGUGAUUAUGACCUUUCCUUUUGUUUGUGCAUUAAUAUUACUUGCAAAAUUGAAGAUGAUGUUGGUUAGGCCCUGGGAUAUAAAGGGUUUAUCUUCUGAUGUCACUGCUGAGUAAGGGAGGAUGUCGUUGCUCUCGUUGCUUACAUGAUAUAUAAUAAUUUUAGUUUGGUACAAUUUUAGUUAUAUCUUGUUAUUUUACUAUGUUAAAAAAUCACUAAAAUAUCAAGAAAAAUAAUUAUAGUACAAAAGGUGAACUAACAAAUGAAAAUUAUUGAGCUGCAUUUGGGAAACUUUGAGGAGCUCAAAUUUGCCAAAAGAAUUUUUAAACAAGACUUGAGAACACGUCAGAUCUCUGCCUCGUUUGUAGAAAACGCGGCUGCGAGCGAGCAAGGUCUCUGGAAAGGGUCGGAGUUUUCUACUUCGCUUUUCCCAUGAUCCCUUGCGCAGAACUAAAAUCACUCCAAUCGAUCUCGAUUACGUAUCCCGGCGGUAAGCGCGCCUGACGAGGUUCGAGGCAGCUGAAAUAUUUAACUCGCAGAACGAUGUGUGGCUCAGCUGCUUGAACGUUUAAGGAAACCAUUUAAUGUCACCCUAUUUUACAGGUAAAACUCAUACUGUUGACAAGACCGAUGGAAUUUAUCUCAUGGAUCUGAUUCCCCAACAUUGUUCAAACGGUAAUGGCAAUGGUAAUGGCAACGGUAAUGGCAAUGGUAAUGGCAACGGUUAUGGCAAUGGUAAUGGCAACGGUUAUGGCAAUGGUAAUGGCAACGGUAAUGGCAAUGGUAAUGGCAACGGUUAUGGCAAUGGUAAUGGCAAUGGUAAUGGCAAUGGUAAUGGCAAUGGUAAUGGCAAUGGUGGUAAUGGCAAUGGUAAUGGCAAUGGUAAUGGCAACGGUAAUGGCAAUGGUAAUGGUAAUGGCAAUGGCGGCAAUGGCCACGGCAAUAAUAAGGAUCGCAAAAGUUUGACUUUAGAAUGUUACUACAGUUACGAAGGUUCCCUCACUACGCCUCCUUGCUUUGAAACUGUACACUGGAUAGUUGUUAAAGACUAUCUCCUUGCCUCUACCAACCAGGUAUGUAAUGCUCACUAAUAUAAAUAACUUAGUUUUACAACUGAGAGGAUAUGGCACUCUACAAGUAUACUAGAGUGAUUAUACUUGAACCGUGUAAAAGGUAGAAGAAUGCUACGCACUAUUUUACACUAAUUCUGUUGUCUUUUUUUGUUUACCUCUUGCUUUCUUGCAUUAUUCGGUAGUAUCCGUUUUACGGUUCAAGUAAAAUCACUUUAAGAUACGGAAUCUGGUUAAGACCGGUCAGUGUCACAAUAGCGAUGACCGGAGCCAAUUUUAGGCAUGUAUUGCGUUAAUUACUAUCCAGACCAUUACAGGAUGCAUUGAAAUUAUUGCCAAUGCACUACCAAUAACUGGGUUUAAAAGAGUCUAUGAUGCAUCGUACGUUAAAUUUUCUUAUCACACCGGCGUCUUUACUUUUAAGUUGCAUAGCUAUAGACAUCGAUAAUGUUAGUUCAAAUUGUGCUAGAAACAAUUAACUUAAACCAGAUGAUGGGUCGUAAGUUUCCUUACGUGAUAUAUUUUUCGGUUUUUCAGCUUAACAAGUUCAGGAAACUUAAGGGUGAACAUGGUAGAAAGCCUCCACUCAUGUGCGACAACUACAGACCAAUCCAACCACUGAAUGGCCGCACUGUUUACUCCAACAGAAAUAACGAUUAG